CUCCCCUCCCUCUGGAACCUCUCCCACCCCUCUAGGAACAUCACUCUAUUGUAGAUAGAAAAAAAUAGAUGCCUUUGUUAAAAUCAUAAACUGCAAGUAUUAAUGCUUGGUAAUAGCAGAUUUGAGAAUGAAACCUAAUUCUUAUGAAAAAGAAAACUCUUACAAACAAGGCCCCCUCUCCACAAAUCUCAUAAUAUGAAAAGAAAAAAAAGAAAAAUCUUUUGAAAUGAACGAAUCCCGUAAUAAUCAAGUUGAAAAGAUGUGGCUUAUAUUAUUUUUUAACAUUCAGCAAUUCAUUGAAACUUUACAAACAUUAGAAAUUCUCAGUUUCUAUAUCUUUUUUCCCCAUGGUAUAUAUAAAUUAAAAUAGCAAGGAGCUUAAAGAAAAAGAGUUUUAGAGGCAACUAAUAAUUCAAAUGACAUGGGAAAACUGAAAGGGAGACCUGAAAGUGGGAAAUUCCUCUCAAAUAGUAAGAAUGGAGGGCCACCCUGUAUAAGUAGCCCACACUCAAGGAGGAAGGACAUUCACUCUGCAAACUCUUGAAGACUCAGCUUCAGCACCUACUAGCAGAACAGGCAGCCCUGGGCCUGAUUUCACCAUGACCUACCGGUGCCUCCUCCAGAUGGUUCUCCUGCUGUGUCUCUCCACCACAGCUCUUUGCAGGAGCUACAGCUUGCUUCGAUUCCAACAAGAGCGGAGCCUUGAGGUGUGCCAGAACCUCCUGUGGCAGUUACCUUCAACUCCUCAACAUUGCCUCGAGUUCAGGAUGGACUUCCAGAUGCCUGAGGAGAUGAAGCAAGCACAGCAGUUCCGGAAGGAAGAUGCCAUAUUGGUCAUGUAUGAGAUGCUCCAGCAGAUCUUCAAUAUUCUCACCAGAGACUUCUCCAGCACUGGCUGGUCUGACGCCAUCAUUGAGCACCUCCUUGAGGAACUCUAUGGGCAGAUGAAUCGUCUGGAGCCAAUCCAGAAGGAAAUAAUGCAGAAGCAAACCUCCACUAUGGGAGACACGACCGAUCUUCACCUGAGGAAAUAUUACUUCAACCUCGGGCAGUACCUUAAGUCCAAGGAGCACAACAGGUGUGCCUGGACAGUCGUGCAAGUGCAAUUGCUUAGGAACUUUUCUUUCCUGAAGAGCCUAACAGGUUACCUCCGUGACUGAACAUCUCCCACCUGUGGCUCUGGGAAGGGACAAUGUGACUUUGAGGUGAGCCUCGUCAGCAGCAGAGGCUCUUGAACUAAAUGACGAUGCAAGGCGCUGAUUUCAAUGGACAGUUAAAGACUAAGCUAUUUUUAAAUUGAUUUAUGCACUAUUUAUUUAUUUAAACUUUUAUAUGAGAAAUAAAUUAUUUAUGAAACAAAAGUCAAUGUUGCAGUUUCAAUGUCAAUUUGAUUUUUGUGACAACACAUAUUAAAAAUUGCAGAGCACCUUGGAGACAUUCAUUGCCAAACAAGCCUGCAGAGUAGUAGCGUUUCUGGCCCCUGCCUUUGAGGAAUUUAAAAUACAUGGCAGCCCUGUGGAAUGUCCGAGUUAUAUGCAUGCUCUCCAUGUAUCCACACAGUCUACCUGCGCUUGUCUUGUUCACAUCUUUAAAUGUACCAAAGUGCUUAGGCCAGAGGGCCCGUCUAUAUGAUGUGGGCGUUUUUUCCUCUCUUUUUUUUUCCAAUUGGGGUAAAAUAUACACCACCUUACAUUUGAGAAUCUUACAAAGUAAGACUUCUUUAAACCAAUAAAAUUUGGGCAAAUUGCAAUUAAUUUAUAAAAUUCUUACUAAAGUAAAUGAAAAAUUCUGACCUUCUAAAUGUCCUCAGUUGCUUGUAUACUCCAACCCUUAUUUCCAACAACGCAGUCCUCAGAAAGAGGUUUCAGGAACAUGAGUCGAAAAUUACUUAAGACUGUCUUGGGGGUCAUUAGAAAUUGUCAAAGAUGGUAAUUCACUCAAUUAAAAAUAAGUGAAAAGUGAUCUUGGAAAUAUUAAAUUUACAUCCGUAAAAGACGGAAAAGUAAAACGAUAUUAAAUACUUGUUUUAGUACACAGAAAAUAUAGUUUAAAUAAAGUUUAACAAAAUGUACUGUUAUAUA